GCCGGGGCGCGAGUUGGAUGCGACUCCGCGCCCAAGGUCACGCGGCGGGACCCGGGCGCGAGGCUGGCGGGCCGUCCCGGGCGGCCUGUGGUUCGUUCCCGACGCUUGGUGUGGACGGCCCGGGGGUAGCCCCUCCGGGGAAAGUGGUCUCGGCAUUUGCACCUGCCGCUUUGGUGUAAUGUUCAAGCCCAGAAAUGCCUUAUGUGGAUCGUCAGAACCGCAUUUGUGGUUUUCUAGAUAUUGAAGAAAAUGAAAAUAGUGGGAAGUUUCUUCGAAGGUACUUCAUAUUGGAUACCAGAGAAGAUAGUUUUGUAUGGUACAUGGAUAAUCCACAGAACUUACCUUCAGGAUCAUCACGUGUUGGAGCCAUUAAACUUACCUACAUUUCAAAGGUUAGUGAUGCAACUAAGCUAAGGCCAAAGGCUGAGUUCUGUUUUGUGAUGAAUGCUGGAAUGAGGAAGUAUUUUCUACAAGCCAAUGAUCAGCAAGACCUAGUAGAAUGGGUAAACGUCUUGAACAAAGCUAUAAAAAUUACAGUACCAAAGCAGUCAGACUCACAGCCUAAUUCUGACAACCUGAAUCGCCAGGGUGAAGGUGGGAAGAAGCAGGUGUCUUAUAGAACUGAUAUUGUUGGUGGUGUACCCAUCAUUACUCCAACUCAGAAAGAAGAUGUAAAUGAAUGUGGUGAAAGUAUUGACAGAAAUAAUUUGAAGCGGUCACAAAGCCAUCUUACCUACUUUCCUCCUAAACCACCUCCAGACAGUGCUGUUAUCAAAGCUGGAUAUUGUGUAAAACAAGGAGCAGUGAUGAAAAACUGGAAAAGAAGAUACUUUCAGUUGGAUGAAAAUACAAUAGGCUACUUCAAAUCAGAACUGGAAAAGGAACCUCUCCGAGUAAUACCACUUAAAGAGGUUCAUAAAGUCCAGGAAUGUAAACAAAGUGACAUAAUGAUGAGGGACAACUUAUUUGAAAUUGUAACAACAUCUCGAACUUUCUAUGUUCAGGCUGAUAGUCCUGAAGAGAUGCACAGUUGGAUCAAAGCCAUCUCUGGUGCCAUUGUAGCACAGCGGGGACCUGGCCGAUCAGCCUCUUCUAUGCGGCAGGCCAGAAGGCUGUCGAACCCUUGUAUACAGAGGUAUACAUCAAGAACUGGUGAAUGCAGCACGUAUGUGGGCGCUCACGCAAACGUGCCUUCUUAGUAGAGGGCCCGGACUUACUUACUACUGACAACUGAUCUUAGAAAGAGCAUUCCAGCUGUCCUUCCGAAUCCAAGUACACUCCCCGCCCUGCCGGUGCAGCAGCAGCCACCUCACAUUCCGCAGCCUGUCGCAGCCACUCUCUGGUCUCAAGCUUUACCAUGGAGAAGCGAGGAUUUUACGAAUCUCUUGCCAAGGUCAAGCCAGGGAACUUCAAGGUCCAGACUGUCUCUUCAAGAGAACCAGCUUCCAAAGUGACUGAGCAAGCUCUGCUAAAACAUCAAAGUAAAAAUGGCCCUCAGGAAAUAGAUCACGACCCAGUGGACUUGGAUGACGCAAGCCUUCCAGUGAGCGACGUGUAAAAUGGAGGCGUGUGGGGCCUCUUGGCCCCACGCAUCCCAAUCCCUCAGUGUCCUUUCAUGAGGCUGUAGCCAAAGAUGAUAGUGAGAUGGGUUAGUGCUCAUGGUGGACUGCCUCCUAGAUGUGCACUGUCUAUAUGUAAGCUGAUAAACCAAGAAUCUAGGGAGUAGCCAAAGGGAAUGUCAUUUCUUUAAGAAUGAGAGAAAAAUGCCUAAUGGUUUCAGUAUCAUUUGUCUGAGGCUUUCUGUGUUCUCAUUUGGGUGGUAAAAAGUUGUAUGUGGUAUUUUUUUCCUAGUGACUUGGACAGUUUAAAUGUUUUAACAACUUAAAACAUGAAAAAUGCUUACUAAUUAUUUUGGUCAUUUAAAAAUGCUACUAUGACUUCCUAUUAAAUGUUCAAUAUUUUUCUUAUUGGUUACUAUUAUCAAACGGAAUACCACCAGAUUAAGAUCUAAAACUCAUGGUGUCUGUGGUGCUGCCAGAUGUAUACUGCGGGGUGGACUGUUUUGAAUGAUACAUUUUUGAUAUUCUGGAUCUCAAGGUGACUGCUAGGUUUUGCAUAGAGGAUAGGAUAUGGUUAGACCAUGGUUAAAGAUAGCGAGCUGUAGAAGAGGGGAAAAUGAACAUUCAAGUGACUGUAUCCGAGAUGCUUGUUUGAAAAGAUUUGUCAGGACUUGGAGCUGUCAGUGCUUUAUUCAGUGAAAAUUACUUGGUCAGAAAUGUUUGGAGAUCUGAUUUUCUUAUCAAAGUUUUCUAUAUAGUUCUUAUUUUGAUAUUUGAAUCAGUGAAAGACCUCAAGUUUAUAUGUAAAGUCAGGACUGCCCCAGUCACAAAAAGGUGUGGCCUCUACUUUUCUGUCAUUAAUAACCUAUAUUCAAGUGCCUGUGUUUUUCAUCUUGUCUAGGAGUAUGCUCAAAAGUCCUAUAUGAUUGGCUUUAAACAUUGAGAUAAAAUUAAUUUUCAGUAGAAUAGUUUAAUGUGUUAAAUAAGAUAGCAUUUUAUGUUAGAUAUACCGGAAUGCUGGUAUUCUUCUAUCUGUGCAAUAUAUGUUUUUUAAAAGCAAAUUUGAGUAUACAUUUAAUCUUGGGGAUAUCAUAAAUAUUAGCACCUCUCUAAAGAAGUCUUAGUUUCAAGAGUUGAAUGAUAGACCAGUUUGAGCAAGUACCAUUUUGUGGUUCAGUCUUGAAUAUUUGCUUUAAGAAAAGAAGUCUUGAAUUUCACAUGCUGCUAUUUUUAUGAUAUUUUACCAUUUUACAGUACUGUUUUGUUUUGAAUUCA